GCUCAUGGGCCAGAAGGUGAAGCACAAGUCCAAGGAGCAGCUGGAGGACGAGCUCGCCAAGGUGUACGAGGCCUCGGGCAAACAUCCCGCUGUGCGAGAAUGGGUGCAUCUCGAUUUUCCAGCCGGCACCAUGGACCCGAACUUGCAGGACGUCAGUGGGGAGCGGGCGCCCCUCUUCUGCGACUCCCACGUCCUGCGGCCAACGUUGCCGUGUCAACUGAAGGGCGGCCACAGCGCGGCGACGAUGCCCGCCGCGGCGCCCCGGACCCGCUGGGCGCUGCCGCUCUUAGCGUGGGCCGCGCUGGCGUGGGAGGCCUCCGCCAACUGCGGGUCCGAGCAGUGGUUCGAGGCCUACGGAGGGGAGCGCUGCUACACCGAGGGCGACCGCAUGGUGAUCAAGUGCGAGGCCAACAACGGCGCC